AUGGCGGGGGAGGUGAUGAGCUCUUCAAAACAACCAGGAUCAGGAGCGGGAGCGGAGCUUUCUAAACAAACAAGCAAGCUAAUAGCUGAAUUGGUAUUGAAAAAAGAUGAUUUGACAAUAGUUAAUUUAAAGAUUUCCCGAAAUGAUUCAAUGAAGUCGAUUAUAAGCAAAUCAUUGGAUCUCUUGACCCAUGAUAGUAUAUUGUUUGAGGCAUUUGCUAGAGAUAUACCAAAAAUGAUUUCGAUAGUAGAAAUUGUUAAGCAGAAGAAACUGGGAUUGCAUCAGUAUAAUCGAUUGUUUAAGUAUCUGAGUGAGGUAUAUCCAUAUAUGAAGAAGAGGAAGGAAGAGGAGGGGAAAGAAGGUGAGCCAAAAGAAAGAGAGGCAAUAGAAGGCGAGGCAAUAGAAGGUGAGGCAAUAGAGGAGGAUCGGAAUGAGGAGGAAAAGAUUAACCAAGCAAUAAAGGAAGUGAAAGGAUCAAAAGUGUAUGACUUACCUGUGCUAUAUAUAAUUUUGAGUAAUUCCAAUUUGGGUGAUCUUUUGAAUAAUGCUUGGACCGUUCACGGAGUCAAAUGGCUAGAAGGUCUUGAUCGGCCAAACGGGCUACAUGAGCCAGAUGAGCCCAAUGAUCUACAGGAGCUAUAUGAGUCAGAUGAGCCAGAUGAGCCAGAUGGCUACAUGAGCUACACGAACCAGAUGAUACAGAUGACCCGGAUGAGUCAGACGAGCCAAAUGAACCAGAUGGCUACAGAACCAAGUGGCUACAUGAGCUGCUCGAUAGUGUCAAGUGGCUACAUGAGCUACACGACAAGCAGGCAAACUAGUAUACUAGUAUUAUUUAAGACUAUAUAUUCCACAAUGGCAAUUGACCCAGCUACAUUUAAAUUUGACACACCACAAUUUGAUCCUAGAUUUCCUAACCAAAAUCAAUCAAAGCACUGUGCACAAUCAUAUAUUGAUUAUCACAAAUGUGUUAAUGUAAAAGGUGAGGAUUUCGAGCCAUGUCAAAUCUUUUUCAAGACUUUUACCUCAUUAUGUCCCUUGAUGUGGAUUGAGAAAUGGGAUGAUCAAAGAAGCGCUGGUACUUUCCCAGUGAAUAUGGACUCCUAA